AUGAUCAAACCUGCUAUCUCUGCCAAAAUCCUGCUCUUCUUAGCAGCACCUGUCUUUGCCAGUAUUAAUUAUCCGCCCAUUCCGAAGGACUUGACAACACCUUUUCAGGUACGCUUGGCGGUUAAUGGACACUAUGCCGUCGCCGUUGGAUGGAAUACAUAUGCAUCAUUAAACGAGAGCUGCGUGGCGUAUGGAACCUCACCAAACAACUUGAGCUCUAUCUCAUGCUCGUCCUCUUCGGUGACCUACAGCACCUCCCGCACAUGGUCUAACGCAGUAGAGUUGACCGGCUUAGACCCAGCCAAGCUGUACUAUUACAAGAUCGCCUCGGCGAACUCGAGUGUGGAAUCUUUCCUCAGCCCUCGCAUUCCUGGAGAUAUGACCCCUUUCAAUAUGAAUGUCAUAUCAGACUUGGGGAUUUACGGAAAAGAAGGAUUCACAAUUUCGCAAAGAGACUCCAUUCUCUACGUCCAGCCUGAACUGGACCACACCACUAUUGGCCGUCUUGCUAAAACAACAGAGGAUUACGAAGUCAUCAUCCAUCCCGGUGACUUUGCAUACGCCGAUGAUUGGUACCUCAAGCUGCCAAAUGAGAAAGAGGGUCAAAAGGCCUAUCAGUCGAUUUUAGAAGGGUUUUACGAGCAACUUUCACCAAUUACUAGGCAUAAACUCUAUAUGGUCGGCCCGGGUAAUCAUGAUGCGGACUGCAGUGAAGUUCGGCGGCUCCUCAAACAGUGCCCCGAGGGCCAGGAGAACUUUACCGAUUUCAAGCACCACUUUGGAAAAACCAUGCCGCAACCAUUCACUUCGACUUCAUCCGACAAGUCCGCUCACUCCCAGUCCGACAAAGCACGCAGCCUCGCCAAGCCACCUUUUUGGUAUUCUUUUGAAUACGGAAUGGCGCACGUUGUGAUGUUUAACACGGAAACUGAUUUCCCUGAUGCACCGGACGUCAAGCUGGAAAGUGGGCCAUUUGGCAAACCGGGCGAACAGCUAGAAUUUCUGGAGGCCGAUUUGUCCAGCGUGGACCGAAGGGUAACCCCAUGGCUCAUUGUGGCUGGCCAUCGUCCGUGGUACAGUACUGACACUGUGCAUCGCUGUGAAUCGUGUCAAGACGCCUUCGAAAAGCUGUUCUAUAAGUUCGGUGUCGAUCUAGCCAUAUUUGGACAUGUGCACAACUCGCAGAGAUUGCUGCCGAUUUUCAAUGGGGUUGCCGAUCAAGAAGGCAUGCACAACCCUAAAGCCCCUAUGUAUAUCAUUUGCGGUGGUGCGGGUAACGUUGAGGGUCUGAUUCAUAUUCAUCAUAAGCCCCACUAUACCAAAUUUGCUUACGAUAAGGAGUACAGCUACAGCACGGUGAAGUUCUUGGAUGACAAGCACCUCCAAGUUGAGUUCAUUCGCUCCUCAGACGGUCACGUUUUAGACUCCAGCACCUUAUACAAAAAUCAUUCCAAUCCUUUCGUCACUCAGUGA